AUGUUAAAGAAUGGUCAAGAGGUUCCAUUAUCUACGACCAGUUCUAUUGUGAGCAUUGUUGAUGUUACGAAGGUGACCCGUAGCGGUCGUGUUUCGGGGCCUGUGUUUCCAAAGAGUGUAGAAGAUGUAUCUGUCAGCAAGAAAGUGGAUGUGCCUGUAGUGGGUCCGGUUAGCACUCCAAGGCGUCAUUCUGGUGAAUCCAGCGGUUUGAAGCUUAAUGAUAAUGAUGAGGGGCUCGCCUUGGGGCAGAAGGCAAUUGCUGAAAAGGUGGAGAAGAUUGAGAAAUGGCUGCUAGCGGAGAAAGUUCAGGGAAAGGCUCCACCAUCCGAAGUGACAAACCCCUCUGGCUCUGUAGUAGAGGAACCCUCUGGCAGUGGUCCGCUCAAGGAAGAGGUAAAUUCAAGUGGUGUGCCAGUAAAAAAGGAACGCGGUAAGGAUCGUUAUCACCCUUAUGCUGCUGCUGUAACCGUUCCUGUUGGUAUUCCCUGCGAGGCCCUUGAUUUGAACCAUCUCAUGGAUGCAUCAGCUUCUGCAUGCCCCAAUCAAGGAUAUUCUUUGAAGGGAGUCUCUACUCCCCUGUCUAAAAUGUACCCCUCUCCUAAGGUUGAACAACAUAGUGAGAAAUAUGACGAUUCCUCCAGUUAUGAGAAGGACAUGGCUGCUGAAGGUUUGUGCUCCCUAGGGAAAACUGUGUCUGGUAAAGGAAAAUUUGUGGCAUCUAAAAUUGCCAAUGCUUCCUAUUCUGAGAAGCAUGAUGUUGCAAACGAUGUGAUUGACCUAAAGGAUGAUAGGUCUGAUGAUCAAAAGGAUAUCUUACUUCAUCAUUUAAAGCCAAGUGUGGCUAAGCGUAUAAAGACUAGAAAAGGAAGAUUUGUGGCUGAACUGAUGUCAGCUAGAACAGCUAAGAAGACUGCUGGUGUUGAUGUCCCUGACAUCUCUCCUGUGAAGAAGACCCCUGUGGAGAAGUCCCAUGUGAAAGUUGCUGCUGUGCAUUUGGAUAAUAUUUCUUUCCAUCUUGAGGAUGGAGCUGCCAAAUGGAAAUUUGUGAUUCAAAGAAGGGUGGCUGUGGAAAGGGAGUUAGGAAAGGAUGUUGUUGAAGUCAAGGAGGUCAUGGACCUGAUAAAGACUGUUGGGUUAAUGAAGACUGUGGUUGGGUUCUCUCAAUGCUAUGAGGUUUUAGUUAAGGAAUUCAUUGUCAAUAUUCCUAAGGAUAUUGCUUAUAAGAACAGCAAGGAAUUUUGCAAAGUGUUUGUGAGAGGUAAGUGUAUCACAUUCUCUCCCACUGUCAUUAACAAUUUUCUGGGAAGAAGAGUUGAGGGUGUAGGUGAAUUGGAAGCUACAGACAAUAAGGUUUGUAGAGAAAUUACAGCAAGGCAGGUGAAAGGAUGGCCUAUUAAAAAGCUUCUUCCUGCUGGGAAGUUGACUGUCAAGUAUGCAAUAUUGCAUAAAAUAGGAGCUGCAAAUUGGGUGCCUACCAACCAUAUUUCCACAAUUGAUAAUACCCUUGGAAGAUUUAUUUUUGUUGUUGGAACCAAAAUGAAGUUUGACUAUGGCAGUCAUGUCGAAGACAUUGUCAUGACAUCUGCUAUGAAAAAGCCAGCCUCGAAAGUUGGAACUAUUGCUGAGCUGAAGGAGACUUGUAAAGAGCUGGGUGAAGGGAUAAGGCUUGCUUACAGCUGA